ACGCAGCUGGUUGACGCCCUUGGACACAAAGCCACCGACUACACUGUAACCACAGGAAACCAACGCAUCAUGCAAGCAUUGCAGGAUGGAGCACCUCAAGCCCCCCCAAGUCCCCUUAGGCGCCUCAUCGGUGCAAGGGGGCACUACCCCCCGCAAACGGAAAGCUCCUCCACCGCCCCGCUCUCCUUUGCAGAUCCAGGGUCUGCCACCCUCUCCACGUCCCCGGAGUUCUGCUCCCCCUGCCCAGUCCCCUGAGCCCCAGUCUUCUUCUCCCUCUCCCCAGCCUCCAGAUACACAGCAGUCAGCCCAGGGUUUUCAUAUUUCUUGUGGUUGUCUGCGUAAGCCAGAAGAUGAGGAGGUGUUUGAGGAGAUCCGACGGCUGCGUCUGGAGAGAGGCCGUCUGCUCCAGAAGAUCAAAGCCUUUGAGCAGCAGCAACAGAGCGCCCUCUCUGCCUUGGAGGAGUUGUCUCAACUAAAGCAGCGUCUAGAGGAGGCAGAGGCAGAGCGAGACAAGCUGCUUGAGGAGCUGAAGGGAGGCCAUGGUAUUGGGGCCGCUGAGGACAUGGAUGAAAUGUUUGACUUCCCAGAGAUGCUGCUCUCCAAGCGCUCCAGAGCCUCGCCUGCUCAGGAUGAGGCCACUUCUCAAAGAGACGCAGACUCGGCCAACCCCUCCCCUGUCCCCGGAGACCCAGGAACUGUUUCUGAGCUGCGCAAACAAAUAGAGGAACUUACCUCACACAACUCUGAACUAGCUCUCAAAGUGCAGAUGCUGGAGAUGUUUGAGAAGGAUGACACAGACAUGCAGACCUCCAGCUCGGACUUUGUCCCCAUAGUUCAGUAUGAGACCCUGAGGAAGGAGUAUGAAGCCCUUCAGGAGCGCUUCUCUCAGGCCCAGGCUUCAGACGAGGCCUCCAGCGUGGCAGAGGAGGGUGGGGAUGAGAAGUCUCAGGAAGGAUGUGCUGAUGCAGAGAGUUUGAAGGCUCUGAAAGAGAAGUUGCAAGGGCUUAAGGAGCAGUUGGCCUCCUCCCAGUCUGAGCUGGAAGAGCUGAAGGAGCAGAUGAGCCUUGGGGUGUUUUCUGUGGAGUGUGGUGAAGGGGAAACUGCCGCAGCAGGUGCUGGGGCUGGGGCUCCAGAGGGGUCUCCGAGCCAGGAGGCACAGCAGCUAAGAACGAGGGUGACGGAGCUAGAGGAGGAGCUAGCUAAGACACAGGGUGAGGCAGCCGGUCAGAGCAGCCAGGACAGUGACACAAUCAAACAGCUGACAGAGAAAGUAGAGGAACUCCGUGCUGCUCUGUCCCAGAGAGAGUCUACCAAAGAAGACGGGGAGAAAAGCGGCGAAGGAGAAGAGACGGAAACAGUGAAGGGCCUCCGUGACAAAGUGGCUGAGUUGGAGGCAGCCCUGGCAAAGAGCAAGAUGUCGGAGAAAGAGGGAGGAGCAGCAGGAGAUGGAGAUCAGGUCCGUCGUCUCCAGGAGCGUUUGGGAGAGCUAGAGGAGGAGCUGAGAAAGUGUGUGCCUCGCUCGGAGUUGGAGGAGGUGCAGGUGACUCUGGGGCUCCAGUGUGAGCAGCUAGCCAGGGAGAGGGCAGAUGUGGCUCGAAGGCUCAACAAUGCUCUCCUGGAUCUGGAGAGACUCAGGCCUCCUCCACGCGGAGAUGAGGAAGAGGAGGAAGAAGAUGAGGAACAUUCAGAGAGCUCAGAGCCCUCAGGCAUGUCAGAGCACUCCAGACGCACCAUGGCCGCAGUGAGAGAAGAACUGGAGGUGGCGAGGCAGGAAGCAGCCCAGGCUCUGGACUGUCUGUGUGCUGAGCAGGAGGGCCGCGCACAGGACGCCCUGCAGCUGAAAGACGCAGUGCCACUCUCAAAACAUAAGGAGGCGCUGUCUGCAGUGUCAGAACAGCUAGCUCAGACGCUGCAGGAGCUCCAGGAGGAGAAGACCCUUCGUGGUCGGGCUGAGGAGCAGGCUGCCAGACUGGAGGCCAAACUGCAGGCCAUGCAGGAUGCCGUACCUAAAGAGGAGCAUGAGAAAGUCACGGCAGAACUCCAGCACUCCCUUCAGGCCAGUGAGAGCAGUGCAGCAGCGGCUCAGGAGGCUCUGAGUGAGAAGGAGAUGGAGCUGAGAGAGCUGAAGUCCCAGAAGGCUGCAGAACAGGGUCUGAUCUCCAAAGAGGACCACGAGGCCCUGCGUCUCUCUCUGCAGGCCGAGAUCAACGCCACCACAGCCCGUUUCAACGAUCUUACUCGCAAACAUGAGAAGACUUGCACUGAGGUAUUCCAGGUGCAGAGAGAGGCUCUCUUUAACAAGAGUGAGCGGCAGGUCGCGGAGUCCCAACUGGCCACGGUGCAGAAGCAGCUAGCCGAAUUACAGGCCCAAUCCAGCCACAUCCAGGAGCUCCACAAGGGCAUCCAGGAAUCCCAGGGCCUGGUCAAGGAGAAGGACCGCAAGAUAACUGAGCUGUCCAAGGAGAUGUUUCGGCUAAAGGAGGCCCUGGGAGCUCUGUCACCUCCACUGGGCAUCACCUCCUCAUCUACCCAUCAUGGUAACCCUGGGCAGCAAAUGGCACUGCAGAACAGGAUUGCCAUUCUUACCCAGCAGCUCCAGGAUUGGGAAAGAAAGCACAAACAGGUGGUGACUGUGUACCGUUCGCAUUUACUGGCAGCUGUACAGGGCCGAAUGGACGAAGAGGUGCAGGGUCUGCUACUCCAAAUCUUGAGGAUGUCACAGCAGUGACACUGAAAUCUUGUAACGUCUGCAAGUCUCUCUCCACCUCCAGCUCUUUUACAGGUCAGCAUGAAGCAGCUCCAGCUCAGCAACCUGCGGGGAAAUCAUCAUUGAGACCAUUUCUCUAGAAAGCCAAAUAAAACUAAUGUGUUCAGACAUAGCUGCAUGUGUACAAUACAAUAACUUCAACAACAGCUGUAGCUUGACUGAUAAACAAACAGUGAAAAAAGUGAGUGCCUUCUUGGCUGGAUAAGUUAGAUAGUUAAGACAGCAGCCUAUAGGUCAGGGGGUUUAUGGUAGCAGACAGUGAAUGUGAAUAGAGAGUGGUUAUUAAGGAUAGGAGAUAAAAUCAGGUACAUUGAUUGUGU